UCCUGGGCACUCAUACUGAGGGCGGCGCCCGUCACUUUCUGGUCUCAUGCGAUCAGUCUGCGCUUGUCCAGCAAUGCUAUCCUCAGCUGGGAAGUUCUGCCACAUGGUGCCACAAAUUACUGCGUGAUGGACACCCAAACAUGGUGCGGGACAGCAGGAGUCACACCGCCGCCAUCAGGCAGAUGGGCACGCUAUGGGGGAAUCUUCAUGACAGAUAUGGACAUAUCGUGGCGCUGUACUCCAAGCUGCUGUGCAUCAAAAUUGAUUUUCAUUUAAAGCAUCCGGAAAUCCCUGCAAACCUUGAAGCUCCAGAGGAAGUUCUUGAUAAAGUCAUCGCCAUUGAUAUCAAUAAAGUGUUUGACAUCACAGGUGAAGUUCUGGACUACAUGGAAGCGGGUCUGAAACUGCAGGAAACAGUUUUCCGUCAGAUGGAUUCUCACUCCACCAGCUCCACUACAGCUGUGGGUCAGUGUCGUCUGGCUCCGCUGGUUCUGCUCAUCCAGGAUUCUGGUCCGCUUUAUCAUUUCCUGGUUAAGCUGCUGUUCAAGCUGCACAGCCGAAUACCGGUGGACGCUCUAUUAGGGCACAGAGACAGAUUCCGCGAUCACUUUAACAGUUUGACAGAGUUUUUCGAGAGAGCGAGAGGAAUUGAGUUCUUCAAAACCAUCAUUCAGAUCCCUGAUCUGCCCAACGAGCCUCCAAACUUCCUGCGUGCGGCGUCACUGGCGGAUCACGUAAAGCCGGUAGUCAUCCAGAACGAGAGAUUCGCUUAUGAUGACGAAACCGAGACGCAGGCGAGCUUCAGUGAAGGACAAUUUCAGCCGUAUUAUGGGUUCAACCAGUUUGAUCAUCCAGUCGACGUACCAGAGCAAAGCAGAGAGAUGGAGGCUGAUUCUCUGAGGAAAGAGCUGGAGGUGGUGAAGCCGGAGCUGGAGCUCAUCAAAGUGGAGGCCCAGCGUGCUGUUGUGCAGCUCAAAUCUCAGGUGAAUAAGCUGGAGUCGGAGUUGGAGGAGCAGCGGACACACAAGCAGAUGGCGCUGGUGGAGAACGAGAGGCUGCGCAUGCAGGUGGAGAACAUGAGGAUGGAGAACACAGCCAGCGUGCAGGCCACAGUGGAGGACCACAGCAACCGAGCUCAGACGGCUCAGAUUCACUUCGCUCGACUCAAAGAGAAACACGCGGAGCUGGUCAGCAGACACGCAGAUCUCAUGCGCAAGAAUGCAGAGAUGGUGAAGCAGAAGAGCAGCGGUCAGCAGGCGCAGGACGAGCUUCUGGCCUACAGACAGCAGGUGGCGCAGGAGAUGCAGCAGCUCACACUGGACAACAGCAGCAAGCUGGAGGCCCAGAGAGCUGAAAUUGAGCGUCUGAAGCAGGAGUUAGUGAGCGGCAGAGCUGAAGUUUCUCAAGUCCAUAAUGCACUGCAGAGCAAGGAGAAGGCUGGAGAUCAGCUGAGCAGUGUGUUAGUGGGUCUGCAGGCUGAGAAGGAUGUUCUGCUGCGCUCAGUGAAGGAUCAGGAGUCUGAGAUCAUGAGUCUCCGUCAGACGCUUCAGAACCAGCAGAGCAGUCUACAGCAGGAGAGAGAGAAACACCAGAGGGAGAGUGCAGAGCUGCACACACACCUGCAGAGCAAGGCGUGUCGAGAGCAGGAGCUGCUGCUGGAGAUCGAGCGACUGAAGCGUGAGCUGGAGGAGACACGAGCGGAGCUGAUGAGGGCGCAGAGUGCUCUAAACAACAAAGCAACUGCUGGAGAUCAGCUGAGCAGUGUGUUAGUGGGUCUGCAGGCUGAGAAGGAUGUUCUGCUGCGCUCAGUGAAGGAUCAGGAGUCUGAGAUCAUGAGUCUCCGUCAGACGCUUCAGAACCAGCAGAGCAGUCUACAGCAGGAGAGAGAGAAACACCAGAGGGAGAGCGCAGAGCUGCACACACACCUGCAGAGCAAGGUGAGUCAGGACUCAGGUGUGUGGCAGCAGAAGCUCCAGGAUGAGCAGUUCAGUCUCCUGCAGUGUGCGGUGGUGGAGGCCGAGGGCAUCGUUCUGGACGCAGUGGCCAAAGUGGACGAUCCUCUGCACGUGCGCUGCAUCAGCACUCCAGAUUACCUGAUCAAUCGUGCCGAGCUCACGCUGGCCUCUGUUGAUAAGAUGCAGCGCAGUCAUGCGGCCUACAUCAGGAACAUGGACGAUGCCAGUGGUUUGUUGAGGUCGGUGACCCAGUUUUCUCAUCUCAUUGCGGACACUAUAGUGAAUGGAGCAGGAGCUGCUCAUUCAGCCCCGACCGACCAGGCAGACCGUUUGACGGAUAACUGCCGUGACUGCGCCACACACUGUCUGCAGUACCUGAAGGAGCUGAAGCUGAAGGCCACGCUGCCCAGAGCAGACCCCACUGCCGUCAGAUGCGUCCUGCAGCGCAUCCUGCUCCAGGGACAGGAUCUUUGUCCCAGAUCAGCAGAUGUGCGUCAAGAGGAGCUGGCUGAAAUGGUGGAUAAGGAGAUGUCUGCCACCUCCUCUGCUAUUGAAGACGCGGUGCUGAGAAUGGAUGAAAUUCUGAACCAGACGAGAAGAGAAACGACUGGAGUCAAGCUGGAGGUCAACCAGAGCAUCCUUGGCUCUUGUUCAGAUCUAAUGAAGGCCAUUCACAUGCUGGUGACGGCGUCGACUGACCUGCAGAGGGACAUUGUGGAGAGCGGACGGGGCUCAGGCUCCGCUAAAGAUUUCUAUGCCAAGAACUCGCGCUGGACCGAAGGCCUCAUUUCGGCUUCCAAGGCGGUGGGAUGGGGAGCCACGCAGAUGCUCGAUUCGGCUGAUAAAGUUGUGACCGACAGAGGCAAAUAUGAGGAGCUGAUCGUCUGUUCUCAUGAGAUUGCAGCCAGUACGGCACAACUGGUAGCUGCUUCAAAGGUGAAGGCAGAUCGAGGAAACAAGAAACUUCACACUCUACAGCAGGCGUCUCGACAUGUCAACGAUAUGGCCGCUGUAGUGGUGACGUCUACUAAAUCUGGACAAAUGCAGAUUGAGGACAAGAACUCCAUGGACUUUUCUGGCUUGUCUCUUAUAAAACUCAAAACUGAAGAAAUGGAUACACAGGUGAGGGUUCUGGAGCUGGAGAAGCAGCUGUCCAGUGAGCGUGUGCGUCUUGGUGAGCUGCGUAAGAAGCAUUAUGAGAUGGGUGGACUCCCGUUGGAUACCCCGGAGCAGAACACACUCCACAGUUACCCUCCUGCGCAGAACACACUCCACAGCUUCACUCCUGCGCAGAACACACUCCACAGUUACGCUCCUGCGCAGAACACACUCCACAGUUACGCUCCUGCGCAGAACACACUCCACAGCUUCACUCCUGCGCAGAACACACUCCACAGCUACCCUUCUGCGCAGAACACACUCCACAGCUACGCUCCUGCGCAGAACACACUCCACAGCUUCACUCCUGCACAGAACAACUUUGACAGCUCGCUGCCCACCGUCUUCCCUGACCCACCCACCAUGGAUCUACCCAGUCUGGAUGCUUUCAGCCUGGAGCCGCCUAAACCCAACCCUCCUGCUCCAGAACCAGCCAAACCCAGCUCCAAACGCUCCUCCAUCUUCCAGAAGUCUGGCAACAUGCUCAGGAACGCGUUUCGGUGAAAGGAAACCAGAAACCUUCUGAUCAUAGUGUACAUUAGUAAUUAUUCUGUUCUCCAUCAUUCUCUCUCUGUGUUCUGCUGUGUGGUGUAAAUUAUAGAUGUACUAUAAUCAUGUUUAUUAAUUUAUAACAUUAUAAACUUCUCAUUAUCUCAGUUUGUUGUAUUAUUAUAUAUUUCAAAUAUUUCAACACAAACAAGGGUAUUAUUGAUAACCAUUAAAGAGCUGGAUCAGGAUGUAGAUGACUGCUGUUAUAUCUGGGAUCUUUUUCACAUUUAAAGUAAAUGUAAGUGCAUACCGUGGUGAAUAAAUGAUUAAUAAGCUGUGGAAGUGA